ACACACACAUUGGUUUCCUGCACUGUCCCGAAGACUAGGUCUCUGUGUUCUGUCAGAAAACUGGCAUUUCUUCAAGAUAUUGUGACGAUGGGGACGUUUAAUGAAUACCGAUGGAAUUGCCACUUUCCUAUGGAUGUUUUAUUAGUGUUUGUGGUAGUUCUUCAAACUGUUGGAAGGAUAGAAUGUUCGAAUUUAGAAGUUCGUUUGCCGAUGGUGAAAGAAGGUCCAAUGGAUAGCCUGUUUGGAUUUUCAGUUGCUGAACACAUUGUUUCAAUGAAAGAACCAACACUAUCAGACAACUACGAUGGAAGCUUAAUUCUUGCUGGAGCGCCAACAUAUGAUGAUCCAGAUGCACUGGUAGCUAAGACCGGUGCUGUCUUCAAGUGUCCUCUGAGUACAUAUGUAGAUGAUUGUCAAGAUAUGAAUCUAGAUAUUACAGGCAAUGAUGACACUGAGAAUAAAACAGACCAAUGGCUUGGUGUAACAGUGAGAAGCCAGGGGCAAGGUGGAAGAGUUGCUACUUGUGCUCAUCGCUACAAAGUGUUGUCUUCUGACACGAUAAGUGGUCUUGGAAAAUGUUACUUGAGGAUGAACGAUCUUACAGAAGACUUAUCCAUACCUGGAGCUUGGACUAUGUGCAGAAAUAUGGAACUUGGAAAGAAGAAAUUUGGUUACUGCCAGGCUGGAACUGGCUUCUACAUCUCACAGAAAGAAGAAGGUAUAGCAGGGGAGUUCAUAGCAGGCAUACCAGGAGCCGGUGAUUGGAGAGGAGGAAUCUUUACUACGACUGUCCCUGAUGAAGAUGAAAUCAAUCCUGAUCUAAGACGCACAGCAUUGGAUGACGAGUCAGCUGGAGUCGGUCUCAACAGCUAUCUAGGUUUCUCAGUCACAUCUGGUAAAUUUGGGGACAAAUUUAUGGUUGCGUCUGGUGCUCCGAGACACAAUGCUAUAGGAGCGGUCGUUAUGAUUUCAAAGCAUUUCGGUGGCUUGAGACAGGAAUACGUUCUUAAAGGAGAGCAACCUGCAGAGUCUUUUGGUUACGAGGUUUGCUCUGCAGACUUAGACGGAGAUGGUUUUGAUGAUUUGAUUGUUGGAGCACCUAUAUACUACAAUAGAAGUACUGAAGCAGGAGGUCGUGUUUAUAUCUAUCUCAAUAAGUAUCAGAACGGUACUUUUCUUGGUAUUGAGCCAACUCGUCUGACCGGUGUUAGAGAUUCUAUGUUUGGUAUAUCAAUCGCUAACCUCGGAGAUCUCAACAUAGAUGGCUAUGAGGAUAUUGCCAUUGGUGCACCUUAUGAGAAUAACGGUGUAGGUGCAGUGUAUAUUUACCAUGGUGGACCAGAUGGUAUUAUACAACCAGCCUCUCAGAAGAUAACCCCAGCUGAUUUACCAGAUGACCUUCCGACAAGUCGAGAUAUCGGUCAAGCAUUUGGGUAUUCCUUGUCUGGCGGUCUGGAUCUGGACGGUAACCAAUAUCCAGAUUUGACCGUUGGUGCUUUUCAAGCUGAUGCUUUGGUUACAUUUAGAGCCAGACCAAUUAUAAGUAUCACAGCGGAACUACAGCUACGAGAAUCACAGAUCGAUCCUAAUAUAACAACUAAAAAAGGAGCAGAAGCGUUUAGGUCCUAUGUUCAAGUGCAAAUGAAGUACGAAUGCAACGCAGAUAGAUUUGACGAGUUCAUGCGAGUUGAAUAUUCCAUCGAAGCAGAGGAGGAGAGGCGUGAUUUGGGUUUAACUUCAAGAGUAAUCUUUGAAGCGUCUGAUUCCUAUGCCAUCCGUGACCAGACAAUUCUUCUUCAACCUCAAAGUAAUGAAGAGACUGUAAAAUCAACCAGAUUUUGGUUCACUCUUAGGCCUGGAUUUACGGAUAUCUUUCGCAAGAUACCCUUCAAGUUAAACUACAAAUUACCUGAUGUGGAAGUGACGACCCCUACCCCAGGUGAACCAGUACCUGAUCUCAACAAGUUUGCGAUUCUUAACAGUCAGAUGGAUCCGUCUAAAGUUGCUGAGCUCGAUUUCAUCAAGGCGUGUGCCCAGCUAGAUGGAGAAUGCAUCACCGAUCUAGAAGUUGCAGCCUACUUGCAUCUAGACGAUCAGGAAAAACCAGUUCUACGUGUUGGAGAACACAAGAAUCUAUUUGUAACCGUUACGGUUAGAAACAACGAAGAGCCAGCGUAUGAUGCUAAACUGACGAUAACAUUCCCAGAGAUGCUGGAAUUCAGUAAGAUCGAGGACGAUGCUUCCCAGCUUAUUCGCUAUGGUUGUAAUCUGUUAGAAGACAACACUACUGUGAUAGUUUGUAAGUUGGGCUACCCCUACAAGGAGAAGCAAUUGGAAGCAUUCACGUUGAAGUUUGAUACAAGGGACGUUCCAUCUGAUGCUAGUAACUUUACCAUCAGAAUGUCAGCAACAUCGACUAACCGAGACUCUAAUCCAGAUGAUAACCAAGUCAGUCUCUUUGCUGAAGUACAAAGUAUCACAGAUAUUCAAAUUAUAGGUGAGACCAAUAAGGAGCAGUACACGUUUGAAGGAGAUGUAAUUGGAGAGAGUGCAAUGACCUACACAGAUGAGAUUGGUGAUGAAGUUAUACAUACCUGGACUGUGUAUAACAAUGGAUCUGGUAUUGUCGCAGAGUCUGUGGUGACCAUUAGUUUCCCUUAUGAAGUAGCCAAUGGUAAAUGGCUCUUAUAUCUGACACAUGAACCAAUGGUUGAAGAUAACAAGGGCCAAUGUGAGAUUGAUCCAAUCUAUGUGAAUGAACUCCAACUUGAGGAACGUCCAGAAGAACCCACUAUCGUUCAGGUGACCACUGAAGCUUCACCCCUUGUAGGAAGGUCUCAAUCCCCUAAUGAUGAGUCUCCAACAGAUGGAUCUAAGACGACACGGUCACCUAAAGGUAGAAGGAGACGCCGAGAUGUGGUGAAUGAGGAACAAGGUGCACAGAAGAGCAGAGCGCAGGAACAACAGGGGCAGAUAUUGACACUGAAUUGUUACGACAAGACGGCCCGUUGCUUUGAAUUCAAAUGUAAAAUGGAGCGUCUUGGAGAAGAAGAUGAAGCAAAGAUUUAUGUGAAAUCACGACUUUGGAAAAGUACCUUCCUCGAGGAUUACAUCAAUGCUAAAGAGGUGUUGGUUACGUCUGUUGGAAAGAUAGACAUCCUGAAUGCUCCCUUUUUGACUCAAAGUAAUGAUGACAACGAUGUGUUCAAUUUGACAAUGGAAGUUAAGCCUAGUAGUGUGACCCUACCUCCACCAGAACCCUUAGCUUGGUGGAUCAUUCUGGUGGCUGUCUUAGUUGGUAUCAUCAUUCUUAUUAUUCUCAUUAUUUUACUAUGGAAGGUUGGAUUUUUCCGUCGACCAGGAACAAGAUCGGGUGGCCCAUGUGGAUUCUUUGAGAGGAAGACCAUGGGAUACAAGUAUGCAACAGUUACACAGAAGACUGCUGGUGGUAACGCAGCUACUGAAAAGACUGCUUACUACGAUGAGAAAUACUUCACAUAAAUACUCUACACAAGUAUCUAUGUGUGGGUUCGAUUAGCUUCCCUUGGUCGACCCCGGUCUACACCCGGUACGUUCAAAUAGCUUUGACGUCAUUCCAGGGGC